GAGGCGCCGUCGCCGCCUCUCCCGCCGCUGCAGCUGCCGAACCGAGCCGGAGAGAUACCGCCCGGGGCUGCCGUCGCCUGGGGCUCCCUCCCGUCCCCCGGCCUCCCUGCCGCCGCACGCCGCCGUCGUUCCCGGAGCUGCCGCUGCCGCCAGCCUCCCUCCAUUCCCCGUGGCCCCGCUCCCUCACCCAGGAACCACCGAUCAUCUCCGGAUUCUCUCCCAGGAUCUUCAAGUAGGGAUAUGUCCUCAGCACCAACCACUCCUCCAUCAGUGGAUAAAGUAGACGGAUUUUCUCGGAAGUCCGUCAGGAAAGCCAGACAGAAGAGGUCGCAAAGCUCCUCACAGUUUAGGUCUCAGGGCAAGCCUAUUGAGUUAACGCCUCUGCCUCUGCUGAAAGACGUUCCAUCCUCAGAGCAGCCUGAACUGUUCCUAAAGAAACUUCAGCAGUGCUGUGUAAUUUUUGACUUCAUGGACACGCUAUCAGAUCUUAAAAUGAAAGAAUACAAGCGCUCCACUCUUAAUGAACUGGUGGACUACAUUACAAUAAGCAGAGGCUGUUUGACAGAGCAGACUUACCCUGAAGUAGUUAGAAUGGUAUCUUGCAAUAUAUUCAGAACUCUCCCUCCUAGUGACAGCAAUGAAUUUGAUCCAGAAGAAGAUGAACCUACCCUAGAGGCAUCAUGGCCACAUUUACAGCUUGUAUAUGAAUUUUUCAUACGAUUUUUGGAAAGCCAAGAAUUCCAACCCAGCAUUGCCAAAAAAUACAUAGAUCAGAAAUUUGUAUUACAGCUUUUGGAACUAUUUGACAGUGAAGACCCUCGAGAACGAGACUACCUAAAAACAGUCUUACACAGAAUUUAUGGCAAGUUUCUUGGUCUUAGAGCAUUUAUCCGAAAACAGAUUAACAAUAUUUUUCUACGGUUUGUUUAUGAAACUGAACACUUCAAUGGAGUAGCUGAACUGCUGGAAAUAUUAGGAAGUAUUAUCAAUGGCUUUGCUUUACCUCUUAAGGCAGAACAUAAACAGUUUCUGGUGAAGGUGUUGAUUCCUUUACAUACAGUCAGGAGCUUAUCUCUCUUCCAUGCACAGUUGGCAUAUUGCAUAGUACAGUUUUUGGAGAAAGAUCCUUCACUCACAGAACCAGUUAUUAGAGGGUUAAUGAAAUUCUGGCCUAAAACGUGUAGUCAAAAGGAGGUCAUGUUCCUUGGGGAGCUGGAAGAAAUUUUGGAUGUGAUUGAACCAUCACAGUUUGUUAAAAUUCAGGAACCAUUGUUUAAACAAAUCGCCAAGUGUGUAUCUAGUCCCCACUUUCAGGUGGCAGAGAGGGCACUGUAUUAUUGGAAUAAUGAAUACAUCAUGAGUUUGAUAGAGGAAAACUCCAAUGUCAUCCUUCCCAUCAUGUUUUCCAGUCUCUAUAGGAUUUCCAAAGAACAUUGGAACCCGGCUAUCGUGGCUUUAGUGUACAAUGUAUUGAAGGCAUUCAUGGAAAUGAACAGCACCAUGUUUGACGAGUUAACAGCCACUUACAAGUCAGAUCGCCAGCGUGAGAAAAAGAAAGAAAAAGAACGUGAAGAAUUGUGGAAAAAACUGGAGGACCUGGAGUUAAAGAGAGGUCUUAGACGUGAUGGAAUCAUUCCAACUUAACAACAACAACAACAAAAAUGACAACAGCAUUAUUAACCUGUGGAGUCACACAUUUAUGUAGUAGAAGAUGGAGCAACAGUUUUCUGUAUUGUGCAACUUUACAGUAGAUUUCACAUUUGUUUCAUUAUUACAACAGCACUGUAUAUACCUGUCUCUAAGUAAAGGAAAAAAAAAUAAGGACUUAAAUCCAAAGUUUGGACAGUAGAUGGACUUCUCAGAACUUUGCAAACAUAAUCAUUGUUCUAACCCUACUUUAAAAGCAGUCUUCAGAGAUCUGUUGAUAAAAUUGCUAUGUUAAAAUUCCAUUGUCAGGAGUUCCUUAUUUAUCAUUAGCAGAGAGUAUGAUACAAUUUUCAAAUGUGAACAAUCUUAAAUUUAGCUUGUCUUUCUGCUAAAUUGUUAAAUGUAUUUAUAGUAAAAGGAAAAAAAAAGACUGUCAUUUCCUUAUAAGUUUGUGUAACAUCCUCCUUCUCUGGAUAACUUUACUGUAAUUUGACAUCUUUUCCUUUUGCACAUCUUCCUAAGUUGAAUGUCCACAAAGAACAGGGCCGUGAAUACACAGGUUCCUGCAAAGGUUUUGUUUACUGGUGUGAGCGAGCAUCUUUCCAGUAACCAGGCUAGUCCUCAUACUCCUUCAGUUUUCACAUCAGGAGUAAAAUAUAGAGAGGUGAUAAACAUGGUAGGGAAGGGAAUUUUGGAUUCAUGCAUCAGUUGAUGAUGGAUCCAAAUCAAUGUCUUGAAUCCUUUUGAAAACAGGCACUGGUACAUCACAGAUUUCAGUACCUAAUCAGUAUUAGUUAUGUGCAUCAUUGAACACAUAUACCAGAGCUGUUUUAGUAAUGGCUGAAAUACAUCUUUUUGGACCACUUUGAAAUAAUAAAGACAAACACUAAACAGUACAGCCGUGAAAUUGAUCUCCAGGGAUUGCAGAUCUAAUUGGAAAAAGAGUUGAGCAAACAGUUUGGACUGUUUGGAGUUGUUGCCUUACUUUUUAAUAUGUAUUUAUAAAGUAUUCCAGCAAAAGAGGAUGUAGCCUCUGGAAAAAUGUUACAGUGUUUUUGUAGACUCUAGUUGAAUUUCUCAUCCCAGCGCCAGCCCUGUUUUUAGCUGGAAAGGAUUCAGGAUAACAUUAUUAUGCAUUCUGAAUCAGAUGCUUAUUCCUAACUACUGUAUUUGUUACCAAAAGCGGUUCUACAAAUGCUACUGAAAAAAAAAAAUCUGGAAAUUCCUUAUGUCCUGAGUAUUAAUAAUAAAGUUUAAAAAUGCUUUUAUAUCAAAGGUGCAUUGUGACCAAAUUGUUUAAGGAAAAAUAACACAAAAAAACGAGGGCUGUAUCACAAAGUACAUAUCAUUGGCUAUCUGCAUUGUACUUAAAAGUGAAAUCUGACAUCUUUGGUAGGUAAAAUGCUAAUAAGAUUCGUGUACAGUAUGUAUUUAGCUAAUGCGGUGGCAAUAAUAUACCGAAAGGUAUGUAUUGGAAGAUAUUUUUUCCAGGACUCUUUUGAUCUGUUACAGACAUGACAACAGUGAGUUGAUAUAAUCCUAAACCAUUGGUCCCCUCAGUAUUUAUGGUAUAGAGCAGAUACUGUGUUCAUGCAUCUAAUUGUGAUAGUUACAAACAUGAACACAUGAACUGUUGCCCUUUGAUAGGAACACAGUAUAAAUAUGGGCUUGUAUAUUUUCCUCCAUCCAUUUAAGUAUGUAGUAGAAGAUAGUUUUCUUGUUUCCAAGCCAAAAAAAGAAAAAAAAAAAUGAAAAAAAAAGGAGUGGGGAUGACGGAUGGACAGGGCUGCCCUGCCCCCUUUCCCAGGUUAAAUGUUUCAGGAUUAUCAGGUCAUAGUUUAUACAUGAGUCAGCCACAUAAGAAUAUUAUCAUUUUAGCAACUUUGUAAAAACUUGACAAUGUUAAUUCUGAAAAUGAAAUAGCAGUAAACUAGUCAUAUGCAACACCAAAAAUAACAUGGUUUAAUGGGAUUUACUAAAGAUGUUUUAAAAAAAUAAAUUGAUGGGAGAUUGAUAAAAACUUGGCAGAGACUGCCAAAGAUCAUACAGCUUCUUUUAAAAUACUGGAGAAAAGGUGCAAGCUCAAAUACUAAAGAUAAAAAGAAAUUUAUAACAAACUGUCUUCUUUCACCCCCUUUGAUUUGGAUAAUAGCCUUUGAUUUCUACUAUGCAUUAUGAUUAUUUUGGGUAGUGUAAUCUUAUAUUUGCAGUUAACAUGCCUUUGAAGACUGAGGACGUUAAAUUAAUAGAUGAAUGAACCAAUCGUCUCUGGCCAGUGAAAAUGAAAUGCAGUCAUUUGAAAUUUUAAAAGGCAAGGAACCUUUCUUGCACCUUAUGUGAUGACAUUAUACAGAUUAUUCUCAGUGUCAACUUUAUAUGUUGAUACCCAAACUGAGAAAAAUGGAGCUGAAUUAUAGACCUAUAUGAAGAGUUGAUCACAUGAAUCUGCUGCCUUUAAGUGGCAGCCUGUCUAAAACUCUUAGGGCAAUUUCUGAGAAGAAAUACUAUGUUUUCACUUUUUUUAAACUGAAAGAGACAAUGUGACAUUUGUCAUGUUGUGUCCAAUGACGCAGAAUAACUGAGGUAACCUGACUGUUGCACUAUGUGACAUACUUAAGGACGUACUUGCUGCAUUUGCAGCAGCCCUCCUCGUCCCUUCCCACAAUCCUGAUCUUUGCUGCAACUCAGUUGUGAUGAAUGCAUCUCAUACUUUUGUUUGCUUCAUAAUUUCCAGAACUAUAUAUAAAUAUAUUUUUUAAAGAGCAAAUAUCGUAGUUAGUGAUUGGUCACUCACUCCCUUGUUCCUACCAUAUUGGUUUCAGGGUGAGGGUUUAAGAGUGUCUUCAGAAGAGGACUGUGGCCUAGAUAAAAAGGCAUUAGUUUGUGGGCAUAGAAAAACCAUAUCCGUGAAUGUCCCAUCUCACACUUUAAAUCAAGCAUGCAUUCCUUUUCACAUCUUGCAAUUUUUCCCAGUUUUUUUCUGUCACUUUUUGUUCUUGUUGUUUUUGGGGUUUUUUUUUUGUUGGUCUCCCAAACAUUUGAGUGGGUUGGGUUUUUUUUUUGUUGUUGUUGUUGUUGUUGUUGUUGGUUUUUUUGUUUUGUUUUGUUUUUUGUAAAAAAUAAAAUAAAAACUUAAAAAUAAAUGAAUUAAAAAUACUCUUAAUGCCGCUGGAUACUCACGAGCAGGGUUACACUCAGUUCAUCUUGGACUUAUUUGCAUAAAUAGAAGGAUUUAAUUUAUUUUGUACUUUCUUCUAUUUGUGGAAUCAGUCCAGGGUGCAGAGCCAGGAAUUGCUUGCAUUUGCACCUGCUGCACCUGUUGAGUAUAGAGCAGGCUCAAUCACACUAUGGAAAGAAAAAAAAAAGUAUAUUUAGAGCUUUAAAAGCUUUUUUAUUUUUUUGUGGGGGGGGCGGGGUGGGGCCAAGGGAAGAUGUAUGGAUGUUUAUUAGCAUGUAAAAACAUGUUUGGUUCAGGUUUUUUUUUUUUUUUUCUGUUUUUAAUUUUUAUUUUCCAAAUUGGGUGCACCAACUUGUCCCAGAGAGUGGAGUUAUCUCUCUUUCAAUGCUAUUACCAAUGUCAUCACAAAAGUGACAGUCACCUGAUACCGAAAAGAAGGUGACACCUAGACAUGAUCAAAUGAUGUUUUAUUUGCACAUGGAUAUUUUUAUUUUUAUAUUCUGGUUCAACCAGUUCUCCUAAUGGAGAUAGGAAGUGAGCCACAAAGGAUUUUUCUAGCAGGUAUUGGCAAUGAAUUUUAUAUUCCUCAAUAUUUAGUUUUGGAAGUCUAAAAGGACUGUGCAUUGUGGAGGCAAAAUUGAGCAAAUUUUGAUUUAACAGAAUGUCAAUUCACAGGCUGCUUCUUUGUCCACUGAAGCAGCAGUUAUCUGUUUAGAAACAAACAUCCUAUAUCAUGAUUUGUAUGAAUAUAGGUUUCCUUUUUUUUUUUUUGAUUGCUUACUGUAAAUAAGUUGUAAUCCAAACCUCAUGUAUCAAUGAGGAGUUUUCAAAUAUAAAUAUUAUCAAUAAAUUUCUUGUCCUAUUUUUUGAUUGUAGUAUAAAGAAUGACAUGUUCACGCUUUGGUUAAAGGAUUUAGCAUUAGCUUUAUCUUUUGGUAUGUUAGCAUUUCAUUGUUUCAGCAGGAGAGGGCAGCAAAAGUUCACUUUCCCCCUUAGAAAUGCUGUGGUCCAUUAGUUUGUUAUUUUUUUUUUUAACUUCAUCUAUUUGUGGGUAGAAAUAAAAUGAAAAAAUUUUUUUUGAUAUGAAAAGUUGCAUAUGAAAAUAGAGACUGGCCUGACCAGAUUGCGGAAAUCUUCUGUUCCUCAUCAAACGUUAAAAGAAAAUGCCACAGAACAAUCUUCCAGCUCCGGCUAAAGUAUAUAUGCUACUUCCUCCUGAGACUGACAACCAAGGGCAAGCUGAGUGUUUAAACCCGUGGGAUUCCAAAAUGUCAUUUUUUGGAAGUGAUUUACUUUCUUCAAGGUGGUAACAAGGACAAAAUGACUGGUGCUCCCAAAUAUCAAUGUAACCUUCUCCUUUCACGCGUGUGUGGAGGGCUCUGUACUGUGGGUGCAUCGAAAUAAAGAAGCAAUGACGAG